AUGGUAAAUAGAUUAAAUAAUUCACAUUUAUUUGUCACUGUAGGUGAAGAAGCAACCUAUGCCUGGUACAACGAAGGUCUAAAUUAUGAUUUUAACGAAAAUGGUGAUCAAGGGUUUGGGCACUUCACUCAAAUAGUCUGGAGAGGCACUGAGAAAGUGGGCUUUGGUAUGGCGCGGAGUAAAGAUAAAAAGUCACUUUAUAUUGUCGCGCGUUACUUUCCACCGGGAAAUUAUCAAAACGACUACAGAAAAAAUGUCCUACCGCCGGAGCGAGGACCACCAGUGGCCUAA